AUGCUCAAGUGCAUCCCGCUGUGGCGCUGCAACCGGCACGUGGAGUCGGUGGACCGGCGGCACUGCUCGCUGCAGGCGGUGCCCGAGGAGAUCUACCGCUACAGCCGCAGCCUGGAGGAGCUGCUCCUGGACGCCAACCAGCUGCGCGAGCUGCCCAAGCCCUUUUUCCGCCUGCUGAACCUCCGGAAGUUAGGCCUCAGUGACAACGAGAUCCAGCGCCUACCCCCCGAGGUGGCCAACUUCAUGCAGCUGGUGGAACUGGACGUGUCUCGGAACGACAUCCCUGAGAUCCCGGAGAGCAUCAAGUUCUGCAGGGCUCUGGAGAUCGCCGACUUCAGCGGGAACCCUCUGUCCAGGCUCCCUGACGGCUUCACUCAGCUACGGAGCCUGGCUCACCUGGCCCUGAAUGACGUGUCCCUGCAGGCGCUGCCGGGGGAUGUGGGCAACCUUGCCAACCUGGUGACCCUGGAGCUGCGGGAGAAUCUGCUGAAGUCCCUGCCAGCGUCCUUGUCCUUCCUGGUCAAGCUGGAACAGCUGGAUCUUGGAGGCAAUGACCUGGAAGUGCUGCCGGACACUCUGGGGGCCCUGCCCAACCUUCGAGAGCUGUGGUUGGACCGGAACCAGUUGUCAGCCCUGCCCCCAGAGCUUGGAAACCUGCGACGCCUCGUGUGUCUGGACGUGUCAGAGAACCGGCUGGAGGAGUUACCCGCAGAGCUUGGUGGGCUGGCACUGCUCACAGACCUGCUGCUGUCCCAGAACCUGCUGCAACGGCUGCCCGACGGCAUUGGCCAGCUGAAGCAGCUGUCCAUCCUGAAGGUGGACCAGAACCGCCUGUGUGAAGUGACCGAGGCCAUCGGUGACUGUGAGAACCUGUCUGAACUGAUCCUGACCGAGAACCUCCUGACAGCCCUGCCCCGAUCGCUGGGCAAGUUGACCAAGCUGACCAAUCUCAACGUGGACCGGAACCGCCUGGAGGGGCUGCCGCCCGAGAUCGGCAGCUGUGCUGCACUCAGUGUCCUCUCCUUGAGGGACAACCGCCUGGCUGUCCUCCCUCCAGAACUUGCCCACACAGCUGAGCUCCAUGUGCUGGAUGUGGCUGGGAACCGGCUGCAGAGUCUGCCCUUCGCCCUCACCCACCUCAACCUCAAGGCCCUGUGGCUGGCCGAGAACCAGGCCCAGCCCAUGCUGCGCUUCCAGACGGAAGAUGAUUCCACAACAGGGGAGAAGGUGCUCACCUGCUACCUGCUGCCCCAGCAGCCCCUGCCCAGCCUCGAGGAUGCCGGGCCUCAGAACAGCCCCAGUGAGAGCUGGAGCGACGCCCCGCUGAGCCGCGUCAGUGUCAUCCACUUCCAGGAGGUCCUCGCGGGCGCUGAGGAUGCUGAGGAGGCCGCUUCCGAGACACGGGGCCUGCAGCGCCGUGCCACGCCUCACCCCAGUGAACUCAAGGUGAUGAAGAGGGGCAUUGAGGAGCGACGGGGAGAACGCCCCUGCCGGCCGGGCCCUGGGCAGCCCUCGCCCUCACCCUCAGAGGAGGAGAAGAGGCUGAGCACCGAGUCCGGGCUGAGCGAGGCCUCGCGGCCGUCUGCUAGCACCGCUUCUGAGGGAGAGCCUGAGGGCCCCCCAGCGGAGGUGGAAGACUGGGGCCAGCAGGAGGCCACGCCGGCCAGCCUGGAGGCUGAGUAUGAGGAGCCCACAGUUCGCUUUGCGGAAGACACGCUGCUCCCGCGAGAGGACAGCGAGGAUGAAGAGGGGCAGCCCGAGGCGCAGUGGCCCGUACCAGGUGGGCGACAGCGACUCAUCCGCAAGGACACGCCACAUUACAAGAAGCACUUCAAGGUCUCCAAACUGCCGCAGCCUGAGGCCGUCGCGGCCUUGUUGCAAGGCGUGCGGCCGGAUGGGGAGGGCCCAGGGCCCAGCAGCUGGCACAACGGCCCCCAUAUGCCCUGGGCUCCUCGGGCUGAGGAGGAAGAGGAGGAGGAGGAAGAGGAGGAGGAAGACGGGGUGCGAGACGAGGAGACCCUGGCCUCUGCACCCAACGUCAAGGGGGUGUCGUUUGACCAGGCCAAUAACCUGCUGAUAGAGCCCGCCCGCAUUGAGGAAGAGGAGCUGACGCUUACCAUCCUACGGCAGACAGGGGGCCUGGGCAUCAGCAUCGCGGGAGGCAAGGGCUCCACUCCUUACAAGGGAGACGAUGAGGGUGUGUUCAUCUCUCGCGUGUCAGAGGAGGGCCCUGCGGCCCGGGCUGGGGUCCGCGUGGGGGACAAGCUCUUGGAGGUGAACGGCGUGGCCCUGCAGGAUGCAGAGCACCACGCGGCGGUGGAGGCCCUGCGGGGCGCUGGCAGCACGGUGCACAUGCGGGUGUGGCGGGAGCGCAUGGUGGAGCCCGAGAACGCCGUCACCGUGACGCCGCUGCGGCCCGAGGACGACUACAGCCCCCGGGAGAGGCGCGGGGGCGGCCUGCGCCUGCCUCUGCCCCCAGCUGAGGCCCCCGGGCCCCUGCGCCAGCACCACGCCGUCUGCCUGGUGCGCAGCGACAAGGGGCUGGGCUUCAGCAUCGCUGGAGGGAAAGGUUCUACGCCUUACCGGGCCGGUGACACGGGCAUCUUCAUCUCUCGCAUCGCAGAGGGUGGCGCUGCCCACCGUGCAGGCACCCUGCAGGUUGGCGACCGCGUCCUGUCGAUCAAUGGGGUGGACAUGACUGAGGCCCGGCACGACCACGCCGUGUCUCUGCUCACGGCCGCCUCACCCACCAUCGCCCUGCUGCUGGAGAGGGAGGCCGGGCCACCCCAGCCCCCCAGUCCUCCCCCACAUUCCUCUCCCCCCCUUGCUGUUGCCAUCACCCCAACCACAGCCACCCCUGGGGAGCCCCGGCCACCAAGGCUGGCCCCCGGCCUGCUGACCGCUGCCCUGGAGGGGCCCUACCCAGUGGAGGAGAUCCGGCUGCCCAGAGCGGGAGGUCCUCUGGGGCUCAGCAUUGUCGGGGGCUCUGACCACUCUAGCCACCCAUUUGGCAUCCAGGAACCAGGCGUGUUCAUUUCCAAGGUGCUCCCCCGGGGCCUGGCUGCACGCAGCGGCCUUCAGGUCGGGGACCGAAUCCUGGCUGUGAACGGACAGGACAUCCGGGAAGCCACGCACCAGGAGGCAGUCAGUGCCCUGCUCCGGCCCUGCCUAGAGCUGUGUCUGCUCGUACGCAGGGACCCACCGCCCCCAGGCAUGAGGGAGCUAUGUAUUCAGAAGGCUCCCGGCGAGAAGCUGGGCAUCAGCAUCCGUGGGGGCGCCAAAGGUCACGCGGGGAACCCCUGUGACCCCACCGAUGAAGGUGUUUUCAUUUCCAAGGUGAGCCCCACGGGGGCAGCAGGCCGGGAUGGCCGGCUGAGGGUGGGGCUGCGGCUGCUGGAGGUGAACCAGCAGAGCCUGCUGGGCCUGACACAUGCGGAGGCCGUGCAGCUGCUGCGUGGUGUGGGAGACACCCUUACCGUACUCGUCUGCGAUGGCUUCGACACCAGUGCCACUGGCCUGGAGGUGUCCCCAGGUGUCAUCGUCAACCCUUUUGUAGCAGGCGUCAGCCGCCGGAACAGCCUGGACAGCAUCUCCUCUGUGGACCGGGAGCUGAGCCCCGAGGGCUCCGGCAAGGACAAGGAGCUGGCUGGCCAGACCCCACCACAGGGGCCAGAGGCCACAGAAGCCACGGGUCGGAGCCCAGAGCUGCUGAAGCUGGACUACCGGGCGCUGGCUGCGGUACCCUGCGCUGGCAGCAUGCAGAGGGUACCAUCAGGGCCCACUGGAGGUUGGACUGCUGAGGCCAUCUGCUCUCCUGGCAGCCAGCGGCCGCCAUCCCCGCCCUCCCCGGACCAGCUGCCUGCCAACGUGAAGCAGGCCUACCGGACCUUCGCCGCUGUGCCCACGCAGCGCUCGCCCGACGACGCCUCGUCCCAGCCCACCGUGCCCGGGCCCGCGGCCUCUCCUGAGCAGCUGUCUUUCCGCGAGCGGCAGAAGUACUUCGAGCUGGAGGUGCGGGUGCCCCAGGCAGAGGGUCCACCCAAGCGCGUGUCUCUGGUGGGCGCCCAUGACCUCCGCAAGAUGCAGGAGGAGGAGGGUGAGCGGGGCCCCUCACAUCGGCCGUGCCCGGCCACUCAUAGCCUUGACGCCUGCCCUGCCCACUCUGCUAGGCUCAGCCCAGCGUCCCCUCCGCCCCUCGGAGGCAGCGCCCCGGUACGGACGGCCAAGGCUGAGCGGCGCCACCAGGAACGUCUGCGCGUACAAAGCCCCGAGCUGCCGGUGCCCGAGCGGGCUCUGUCCCCUGCCGAGCGCCGGGCCCUGGAGGCCGAGAAACGGGCGCUGUGGAGGGCGGCCAGGAUGAAGUCCCUGGAGCAGGACGCCCUCCGAGCACAGAUGGUGCUCAGCAAGUCCCAGGAGGGCCGAGGCAAGCGUGGGCCCCUGGAGCGGCUGGCCGAAGCCCCCUCUCCUGCACCUACCCCGUCACCCACCCCUUUAGAAGACCUCAGCCUUCAGACCAGCACCUCCCCAGGACGGCUGUCCAUGUCUGGAAAGAAGUUUGACUACAGGGUAUUCGCAGCCCUCCCUUCUUCCAGACCUGUCUAUGACAUCCAGACCCCGGAUUUUGCUGAGGAGCUGAGGUCUUUGGAAAAGUCUCCAAGCCCCAGUCCCCAGGAGGAGGAUGGAGAGGUGGCCCUGGUGCUCCUGGGCAGGCCCUCACCCGGUGCCUCGGGCCCUGAGGACGUGACCGUCUGCAGCAGCCGGCGCCCCGUGCGGCCGGGACGCCGUGGCCUGGGCCCCGUGCCUUCCUAG